AUGAAUAAGACCAAGGGAGACUUUGAGAGCCCAGAGCCUUGGAGUCCAGGUUGCAAUCAGAGCACUUCUUUGACCAGCGCUGCACCACCAUUUGCAUUUGGCCAGCAGGCCUCAGACAAAGCCCUGAAUGCGAUCCUUAUUGUGGUCCUCUUCAUCAUCAUGGUAUCUCUGGGGUGCACGAUGGAGAUAACCAAGAUCACAACUCACCUCAGGAAACCCAAAGGGGUAGCAAUUGCUGUAAUGGCUCAAUAUGGUGUAAUGCCUUUGACAGCAUUUCUUUUGGCCAAGCUCUUCCAGCUAGGUACUAUAGAAUCCCUGGCCAUCCUCAUCUGUGGCUGUUGUCCGGGUGGAAACCUCUCAAACAUCUUUAGCCUGGCACUGAAAGGAGAUAUGAACCUCAGUUGUUAUUCUUUUACUGAAAGGUUCUUUCUUCUGCUCAGCAUUGUAAUGACCACAUGUUCAACAGUCCUGGCAAUUGGACUAAUGCCUCUGCUUCUGUACCUUUAUUCUGGAGGACUAUAUGAGGGUGAUCUGGAGGGCAAGGUGCCAUACAAAGGAAUAAUCACCUCCCUGGUCCUUAUGCUAAUUCCCUGUGCCAUUGGCAUCAUCUUGAAUGAGAAGAAACCACAGUACACUGGCUUUGUCAUCAAGACAGGGAUCGCUGCGCUUCUGCUAUCAUCUGUUGCAAUAAUCGUUCUGUCUGUCAACAAUGUUGGAAGCAGUAUCACGGCCACUUUCUCACCAGCGCUCCUGGUAUCUUCUGCCUUGAUGCCUUUUAUUGGAUUCCUGCUGGGCUACAUUCUCUCUGCAGUCUUCAAGCUUAAUGAUCGGUGCAGGCGGACAGUGUGCAUGGAAACUGGCUGCCAGAACGUACAACUUUGCUCUACUCUACUCAAGGUCACCUUUGCCCCAGAAGUCAUUGGUCACCUGUACUUCUUCCCACUUCUCUACUUGAUAUUCCAGCUUGGAGAGGGCCUUCUGCUCAUUCUGGUCUUCAGGAUCCAUGAUAGAAUAACAAAACCAAAUGAUGCAGCAAAAAUGACCUGCACAGCUAUCACUGAAGACACAGACAUCGCCCAGGAAAUAAAACCAGUAUCAAGAUCUUGCAGAAAUAGUAGGAAACUAAGAAAACAGUAUAGAAAUAUUGUGCAACAUUUGCUACCACAAACCUCUCAAGCUCUACCUUCCGCAGAAGGUUUACAGGUCUCCCACAGUUGCGUGUAA